AUGGCGUCAACAUUGAUGAUGUGUUUCUUCGAAAUCCUGCACGACUGCUCUCGGUCAUGGGAAGUCCAUGCAACGUUUGCCAGAUCCUUCUUGAUGUCGGAAAUCUGCCAUGAAAUCAAAGACGACGAUUUCUCCUCCAGCCUAUACGCGUUCGCCUCCACAUAUUUUGUCUACCACGAUGCCCUUGCAUUCACUGCUGGCCCAGACGCAGCAACUGUGCCACGGACGGCAAGUCAGCUGUCAAACCUCAUUGACGGGUACGACUCGUCUAUUUUCAUGACUUUAACUGGCUGCUCAAAACGCCUCAUUGAUCUCCUCUCUCAAAUCACGAGCCUGGCCAACAGUUCAUCAAUGCAAACCUCUAGCCGUAUUGACCAAGGUCCCCCUGAAGGAGAUGUCUCCAUUCAAAACGGCAAGCGAGAUUCAAUCGAGAGGGAACUGCAUCAAAUGCAAAACCUUUUAAUCCAAGGCGCAAAAGCAAAGUCUUUCUCGGAUGAACCCCAUGAGUCGGAGUGGAUUUCUGAGCUGAAGCGUCUCACGAGCUUGAUGUACCUGUAUGCCCGCAUCGACGGAUGUAGCCCUUCGCACCCGCACAUGUUCAGACUCACCACCCAAAUUCUAGAGAUCAUUCCAAAGAUCUCCCUUCGCACCAACACUCUUCUUUGGCCUCUAUUCACUGUUGCGACGCUUGGUAUUCGCUCUGAUUCAGACGAAGACCGGCGGAUGAUUCUGGAGAAACUCCACCUACUGCAGCAAACAAGACAACUAGGCAAUGUUAGAAAGGCCAGGCGUAUUAUAGAAGAUGUUUGGAAAGCACGAGACUUAGAGACGAGUAACGCGGAGCAAGGUUGGUCAAUACUUGCAGGCCGGUACGACACCAUUAGCCUAGCAUGA